AUGGAUUGGAUAAGUGAGUUGCCUGAAGAUCUCCUCUUGAGGAUAUUGUCUUCACUUAGUGCUAAAGAUGUUGCCGCCACAAUGGUUUUGUCAAAACGAUGGAAAUUUCUUUGGAUGCUUGUACCAAAACUCAUAUACGACGAAGAUAUCUCUGGUCAGAAGUAUGAAAGUUUUUCGCGCUUUGUAACCAGUUCUUUGCUGCUCUUGUUGCAAAAGGCUCCACAUCUACAAACUGUGCAUUUCAAAGUCGUCGGUGAUUACAGUCGUGAACGUGAUGUAGAUAUCGGAGAAUGGGCUACAACCGUAGUCAAAAGCGGGGUGCGUGAGCUGAUUAUCGAGACGACUGAUUUAUUUUCACGUCCAGUCACACUUCCUGAGAGCUUCUAUACAUGCUGCAAGAUGCUAGUGACGUUGAAACUAAGCAACGUUGUUCUUCUUGAUGUAUCUUGCUCGUUUUCUUUACCAUCUUUAAAAAGUUUGAGCCUUUUAUCCGUCAAGUACCAGUACCCUGGUGAUGAAAUUGUCAAGACGUUUCUGUCAAGUUGUCAUGUUCUUGAAGACUUGCAUGUGGAACUAUGUCUAUAUGACAAUGUUACCGUUUUCGCCGUGAGAGUGCCUUCUCUAAAGAGUUUAUCAUUGCAUACCGAUGAUCCUGAUUCUGAUUCUGACUCUGAUGAAGAUGGUGGGUUUGUGAUAGAUGAAGAUGGUGGGUUUGUGAUAGAUGCUCCUUCUUUGGAGUGUUUGGACAUUCAUGAUCAUAGCGGUGAGUUUUGUAUCAUUGAGAAUGAUAUGCCUAAGAUUGUAACGGCAAGUUUCGACGUCAGUUAUUCUGUCCCUGCCAAUAUUCUUGGUUCUAUUACUUCAGUCAAGCAUCUCGAUCUAUGUUUAGUAGAUUCAGAGUAUCCUUUAGGUAGUGUCUUCCAUAGUCUUGUUCAUUUAAAGAUAUGCACAUGUCACCCGGAGUGGUUGGAACUACUCAUGUGUCUGCUAAGAUCUUCUCCUAAUCUACAAGCUCUUAGGAUGGACCAGCAUCAUCAUGAACUUUGGGAUGAAGACUCGCGCCCGAGCUGGAUCGAACCGAGCUCAGUUCCUGAAUGCGUGUCAUCGAGUCUUCAAACUCUUUGGGUUGACUAUAAAGGAACAGAUGUUGAAAAAGAAAUGGUGGCAUACAUGUUAAGAAACGCAAACUGUUUAAAGAAGGCAACUAUCUCAUCUGUCUCCAUAGACCCUUGCAAGAAAAUUGAGAUGGUCAAGGAGUUGUCAUCUCUCUCAAGGUGUUCAAGUACAUGUCAUCUUAUAUUUGACUGA